AUCUGAUCAAAAAUUUUUAUACAUCAACAAAUGUCAAAUAUUCGAUAUGAAAAUUUUAUUUGAUAAAAUAGUCCAAUUAGUAAAUUACGCCAUCUAAUAAUGUCAAACCUUGGUAGCUGGAACCAUUUGCCAGCUUGCGUUAUUGAUGUGGGCACAGGCUACACGAAGAUGGGAUUUGCAGGCAAUUCAGAACCUUCCUUUAUUCUCCCCACUGCCGUUGCCAUUCGUGAGGGUCCAUUCCCAGCUCCUUCUGCACCAGCUUAUAGUAAAGAAGGGGGAAGUGGGGGAUCAGCCCAGGCUCCCUUGGCCUCUUGCAUUAUAGAAGACUUAGAUUUUCACAUUGGAGAUCGGGCUCUUUUGGCGGGUGGGCCAGCAGGUGCUGGAGCAUAUUCGUUAAAAUAUCCAGUUAGGCAUGGGCUCGUAGCAGAUUGGGACCUUAUGGAAAAAUUUCUACAACGUUGCAUGUUUGGCCUCCUACGUGUACAGCCUGAGGACCACCAUUUUCUCAUGACAGAGCCCCCUUUAAACCCACCCGAAAAUCGGGAAUAUUUGGCAGAGAUCGUUUUUGAAACAUUUAAUGCGCCGGGUCUUUACAUAGCGGUACAGGCUGUUUUAGCCUUAGCUGCAAGCUGGACUUCUAAGACGGUAGCUAAGCGGACUAUGACCGGCACAGUGAUCGAUUCUGGCGAUGGAGUAACACACGUUAUCCCGGUUGCAGAUGGGUUCGCCAUAGGCAGUUGCGUUAAACACGUGCCUAUAGCCGGUCGCGAUAUAACUGGCUUUGUUCAACAAUUGCUUAGGGAUAGAAACGAAACCGCUAACGUUCCACCCGAGCAGAGUUUGGAAACGGCUCGGCUCGUCAAAGAAAAAAUGGGAUACGUUUGCCCCGAUAUGUGCCGCGAAUUUAAUAAGUACGACACGGAUCCUAAAUCCUGGAUUAAACAAUUCAAAGGCAUAAAUAAUGUAACUCGUCGCCCUUUCGUUAUAGACGUUGGUUACGAACGUUUUUUAGGUCCUGAAAUUUUCUUUCGACCCGAAAUGUGGAGUCCAGACCACAGAGAGUCCUUAUCCAGCGUUGUUGAUGGCGUUAUACAAUCCUGUCCUAUUGAUGCCCGUCGCCCUCUUUAUGAGCAUGUGGUUCUCUCGGGAGGAUCCACCAUGUUUAAAGAUCUAGGUAGAAGACUACAACGUGAUUUGAAGAGAAGCGUGGAUGCUAGACUUAAGCAGUACGCAGAAGCCGGAAGUGUUAAAGAAGGUGGAUCCGGAGGAAUAGUUCCUAGGCCUAUAGAUGUUCAAGUGGUCACUCAUCAUAUGCAGAGGUAUGCUGUGUGGUUCGGUGGUAGUAUGCUAGCAUCCACUCCAGAAUUUUAUAAAGUUUGUCAUACCAAAAAAGAUUAUCAAGAAUAUGGGCCUUCGAUUUGCCGUUACAAUCCAGUUUUUGGGGCCAUGAGUUAAAAUUGUACCAAUCACUUAUUCUUUAAAAUAAUAUCUCACCAGUAUUUUGUUUUAUUCACAUACAUUUGUAAAAAUAUUUUAUAUUUAUAUUGACCGAGAAAUAAAUUAAUGUGA